AUGAGUGCACCAGCAAUCAAGAAGGUCAGCAGAGCAGCAGCAAAAUCAACAGCUACUACCGAGCAAGUAAAAUCCACUGAAAACGAAGAAAUUGAAUUAAAAAUUACCAAAAUUUCAGCCGUAUAUCAAGAAAUUAACUCACGUGUUACCGAUAACUGUGGUAUUUGCAAGACUCCUCUUGGAGAACCAUGCAACAAUUGUGCUAUUCAAGGAACAACAGAGUGUCCAGUAGAAGAAGGCAUAUGCGGACAUGCAUUUCAUAAGCAUUGUCUUACCCAAUGGCUUAAUACUAGUAGACUUUGUCCUACAUGCGGCAGAAAUUGGGAAUCUCGCUAA